AUGACGUCCACUACUGAUACUGCCAUAAAUGAGAGUUCUUCGAAAGAAAGUGUGUCCAAGGACGUAGAAACAAAUCCGGAGACGAAACCUAAACAAGUGGUCACAGGGAGGGAUAUUCUUACACAAUACUUUAAGGGAGAGUCUAUAGCUUUGAUAACAUACCGUAAAAUCUGCAACGCUCUCGACAUACUUCCAAGAUGGGAACCAGCUGCGAAAAUUCAGUUUUUGGAGCAGUUCCUUAAUGUGAGCGACCUGUUGGACAGCCGUUGUACAGAGCUCGUUACAAAUCUCGCACGGUUGAGUUGGCCAGCGAUACCAGAUGAAAUAAUUGAUCGAUAUUUGAAUAUGCUAUGUGAUGUGGCUAUUCGACAGGUUACUCACACGGAAGUGAUUUAUUGUGGUGCGGUCUUUAAUCUUAUUCCGGUGGUGAAGUUUGAUGAAGAAACAAAAACUACAGAGCUCGCAUUGACUACUGAAGAGCAAGAUAAGUAUUAUACCAUGGCUCAUCGAGUUAUAGCUCAGAUUCUGAAGUGCUUUCCAAUGUCCAACAAAAUCCUGCUGAAAGCGCUGCGUGUCGGUGUUCCACAUUUCAGCCAUGAUAGUUGGCGUUUUACUGGUUAUAUGAGGAAUGUGAUCCAAAGUCUAGAGUAUGUAGGCAACAUUCGUGCUGAAGUCUGGGAUCUUAUAAUCGACCAAAUGAUCAUGUGUGAUAACAUGCUUUCAAAGUCGGAAUAUCGCAAUGACAAGAAGGGUGCAGUUGAUACUUCCAUAUUUGACAUGGUGAGAGAAGCUUAUCAAGAGCAAAAAAUACGCCCUAGACAGCGAAAAAUUCAUGUUUCCAAGGAUGAGGACCAACAACAAGAAGCUGACAACGAUGAGGGCGAUACGAUGGCAAAACUUGACGUUGGAGAAUAUUCUACAAUUUCACUUCAUUAUUCUUGUUUAGAUACGAAUUGGUUGCGCCUUGGUAGUGCGGCAAAGGGGGAUGAAGUGUUUUCUAUACUUCUAUCAAUUUUGGAAAGUCGUAUGUUGCUAUCUGUACACGUUCGCUACACACCAUUCAUCUGGCUCUACCUUUGCAGUCUUGAUGAGAGUUAUGCUACUCGAACGCUCGAAUUUUUGUGGUCCGUCAUUGUACGGCCUCAAGUCGCCCAGUCAGAUGUAGCAAAAGGACAUGGUGCUGCUGCUUAUCUGGCUGCCUUUCUAGCUAGGGCGAAAUAUCUCGACCUUCAGUUGGCUAUGAAGUGGAUGUCCCGAAUUGUUGGCUGGUGCAUACAAUAUCUUGAUAAUUGCGGGGUAACUAAUAAACAGCUUCUGCCUGGCGUCAUUCGGCAUGGUACAUUUUACACAUUGUGUCAAGCGUUCUUCAUCAUCUUCUCGUUUCGUUAUAAGGAAAUGGUUAGAAGUGGAGAUAUCGAAGAAAUUGGUAGAUGGGGACUUGGACGCAUUGUUCAUUCGCCGCUGGAUCCAUUGAAAUACGUUGUUAGGCCUGUUGCAUUAUGCUUUGCUGCCAUUAGUAGGUCGCUACAGUUGGUAUACUGCAAUCAUUUGCUGCCGUUCGAUGCUGGCACUAAACUGCCGUUUGAACCCAUGUUUCCGUUCGAUACUUUUAAGCUCAAAAGCUCAAUUUCUCUGGUGUGCGCGCAGAUGCGACGCUUUUCUCCUUUGGCUGAGGAUAAGACUGAGGUGUCAUCUGUACUGCAAAGCUCUAAGAUCAGUACCUCUGUCAAUGAAGAUAAUAUGGAUUUUCUCGAAGAAGAUGACAUGGUUAUAGGUUCGUAUUCUGAAUCUCGUCCGACAGGGUUGCCGCAGUGUGGUCCAAUGUUUACGAUAUAUUCAUCUAGUCCAGGUCUGAGACACAUAGAGAAUACAAUGGAUAUGAUUUAG